AAAUUUUGCAACUUUUGCACAUUUUAAUAUUUUUUUUAGAAAAUAUUUAACAGUACUUUUGUUUUAAAUUGUGGAUGAAAAGACAGUUAAAAUUGCUCUUCUCCGGUCUUUGUUGUAAGAUAAUCCAGUGUGUCUCUGAAUGUAGUUGGAUGUAAAUUUUAGAAAAUUUGGUUUCGGCAUUUCGACCUGAUAUUUCUAUUUCUGUUUUGCAAUUUGGAAUCACUAAUACAUUACAUUACCAUGUCGGUGGUUAUUGAAACGACCCAGGGAGACAUCACCAUUGACCUUUAUAUCAAAGAACGGCCAAAAACCUGUAAAAAUUUUCUCAAACUAUGCAAGAUGAAGUACUACAAUUUCAACUUAUUUCAUACCGUUCAGAGGAACUUUAUUGCACAAACGGGAGACCCAACCGGGUCUGGAAAAGGUGGAGACUCUAUUUUUGGUAUAUUAUAUGGAGAUCAAGCUCGCUACUAUGAGGCAGAGAAGACGCCUCGUUUAAAACACACAAAGCCUGGAACCGUCUCGAUGGUAAAUUGUGGCGAUGGAAUGCUGCCAAUGAUCGGGUCUCAAUUUUUCUUUACGCUAGAUGAGCACUUAACAUACUUAGAUACGGAUCACUGUAUUUUCGGGGAGGUUACGGAAGGAUUUGAAGUGCUGAGUAAAAUUAAUGAAGCCAUAUGUGAUGGAACUAAUCGCCCUUAUCAAGAUAUUCGAAUUAGUCACACCGUAAUUUUAGAGGAUCCUUUUGAUGAUCCGGUAGGGCUAAACAUUCCAAGUAGGUCCCCUUCGCCCAAUCCAGAGAGGAUGAUGGGUGGAAGACUGGCGGCAGAUGAAGACAUUGAUGACAUGGAUGGGAAAACAAUGGAUGAAAUUGAAGAGAUUAUUCAGGAGAAGGAAGCCAAGUCUAGAGCCACAAUUUUGGAAAUGGUUGGAGAUCUCCCGGAUGCCGAUAUAGCACCCCCAGAAAAUGUCCUCUUUGUUUGCAAAUUAAAUCCUGUAACUUCAGACGAAGAUCUAGAAAUCAUUUUCAGUCGAUUUGGAAAAAUUAAAAAUUGCGAAGUUAUCCGUGAUAACAAAUCAGGGGAAUCCUUGCAGUAUGCAUUCAUCGAAUUUGAAGACAAGAAAGCCUGUGAAGAUGCAUAUUUCAAAAUGGACAAUGUGCUCAUAGACGACAGAAGAAUUCACGUUGAUUUCAGCCAGAGCGUUUCAAAGUACAAAUGGAAAGGGAAAGGAAGAGGAGUCGACAUAUUUGAUGAGAAGGGGAAGCCAAUAAAUGCCAGUAAAUCUGCUCCUUGGAUUCGCAACGAAGGAGGCUCAUCUCGCUAUUUUGGACAACAAAGAAGCUCUAAUAAAGAUGACAAAUCAUCUAACAACAAUGACAGAGGAGAUCAUCGUGACGUCAACAGAGGAGGGCAUGGUUCAUCUGCUGCAACUGGAACUGCUGCUGGGAAACAUAAAUGGAGCAGGUCUCCGCCACGGUAUUCAAGAGGUCACGCCUCAGAGCAAGCUAGGUCUUCAGAUCGACCAUCUGAGACUCGACUACUCAGUCUCCUGAAAAAAGAACUGAAGAAAAAGAAUAAAUCGUCCCACAGCAAGAAAAGCAAGAAAAGGAAAUCUAGCAGUGAUUCUUCGGAUUCGGACUGAUAAUUGAUUCUAGACAGAUCAAGUAUUGAUGGUGUAUAUAUAAUCUGCAUGAUAUUGUUUUUUAAUAAACCAAGAAAUAUGUAAUGCGUUGUAGCAAAUGUAUUCAAUAUCUUCAUAAGGCUGGCAUUUUUGUAUGUUGCCUUUAUUAAACGUAUGUAUACAAACA